AUGAGGAUCUUGACUCCAUUUUUACUAUUGCUGCUAUCCGCAGAUGUAAAUGGACAUGUUUCAUCGCGGGGUACCAAUGCAGUGGCCCAGGAGGGGACGUUUUCCCUCAUUGACAAGUUUGUUGAACAAUGGAAGCUUGAUCACCCUUCUCUCAGCCAGCAGCAAGUCUUGCAAAUCCAUGCCACUGCGCAGCAGAUGAAAGAUAACCUUAUUAACCCUCCACUUCCUCCGCCACGUGUCACUGUACCUGUGAGCAAGCCAACGAAUGUUCCUCUACCUGGUAAGGCGCGUUUUGGCAAGAUCGUGAGCAACAGCACGAGCGGCGUACAUGGCGCCAACUCGACCCUGGAACGAGCAUUCGAAAUCGUUCGACAGGCUCAGCGAGAAGCCGACGUCCGAAAUAAGGAGCGCUUUGCUAACCCUCGCAUCAAUACCUACUAUGAUCGUCACGGUGCUGGCACCAACAAAGCUCGUGCCCUAGACAAUGCGUCCCUACACAUCAACGAGACAGUGACGGCUGCUGCUGCCAUCGUUGCGGAUGCCACAGCCGCCAACGCCACCGUUAUUGACCAUGCCAAGUAUGUUUUACCGCCUCAAGUCGCUGCUAAGCUUGCGCAAAACGGCGAACACGAAUCAUAUUUGGCCAAGCGAACACCUCCAGGCUCAGGCAGGACCUGGUGGAUGGAGACCAUUGCCCGCGAAGGUAAAGUUCCCUUUGGCGGUUCUGCCAAUGACGGAUACAAAGUUUUUAGAAAUGUCAAGGAUUAUGGUGCAGUAGGCGAUGGCAAGACAGAUGACACAGAUGCCAUCAACAAGGCCAUGUCUGAUGGCGCCAGAUGCGGUGCCAACUGCGGUUCUUCAACCAUCAAGCCUGCCAUUGUGUAUUUUCCAUCUGGUACCUACCGCAUUCGCCAAACCGUCCCCAUGUACUACAAUACGCAGGUCAUUGGUAACGUCAAUGAUUUGCCUGUCAUCUUGGCAGACGAAAACUUUGUUGGGUUGGGUGUUCUUUCGUCUGAUGAAUACACCGGCGGCAACGGCGGCGCUGACGAGUGGUACAUCAACCAGAAUAAUUUCUUUCGUCAAAUUCGCAACUUGAUUAUCGACACUAGCAAGGCGAAGAUGAAGAGCAUUGCUGGACUUCAUUGGCAGGUAGCGCAAGCAACCAGUAUUUAUAAUGUUCAGUUCUGGGGUUCUACAGACAGAAAUAAGGAACACAUUGGUAUAUUCGCCGAGAAUGGCAGUGGAGGUUUUAUGGGCGACCUCAUCUUCUCAGACAUAACAAUUGGUAUUCGAUGCGGAAACCAACAGUUCACAUCUCACUCUCUAGCGUUUGUUAAUGUCGGUACUGCUGUUGACCUCCUCUGGGAUUGGGGAUGGACGUGGAAGAAUAUGUACAUCUUUAACACAGACGUUGGUUUCAACAUGAAAGGCGACUAUAGGGGCGGAUCUAUGGUGAUCCUGGAUAGUCAUUUUGAGACAGUCAACUCGGGAAUCAACAUUAAAACGCAACGGGGAGCAACGGACGCAGAACAAUUCUCCAUAACGCUGGAGAAUAUCAUCAUGAGCGGCGUAAAGACCAUGGUGAUCCAUGAUUCUUCUAAUACCGUGCUCGAGGGAGGCUCUUCAACCAUCGAAUCCUGGAUUCUUGGCAGAGUCUAUGAUGAUGACCACAAAGAGGGUUCCUUUGUCAGGGGCAAAGCAUCCAAACUGGCGAAGAGGGAGCCGUCUCUUGUGAUGACAGAUGGAAUAGCCAAGGAUGGAUACUUUAUCCGUCCCAAGCCUCAGUACGAGCACAAGUCAGCGGAUUAUUUCCUCAGUGCCCGAUUUGCGGCUAAAGGCGACGGCGUUACUGACGACACAUUCGGGUUGGCACUGGCCGCUUUCGUUGCCUCAGGGAAAGGUCAAGCUCUUUAUAUCCCAAUGGGAUCCUACAUUAUCACCAACUCAAUCUAUUUCCCUCCUGGCUCCGUUAUUGUAGGCGAAUGUUGGGCUCAGAUUGUAGCCAAAGGAAAAUCUUUUCAAGACGCAUCUAACCCGCUGCCCCUCGUUGCCGUUGGAAACUUUGGUGAGACCGGUUCUAUGGAGAUUCAAGACUUGCUCUUGACCGUCCAAGGGCCAACUGCUGGCGUUAUCCAAAUGGAGUGGAACAUUGCGCAAGAUAAACAAGGAUCUGCGGCUAUGUGGGAUGUCCAUUUCCGUAUCGGGGGGGCAGCCGGCUCACAACUAGAAGCCUCAAAUUGCCCGAAAUUGACCGGGUCCGUCAACCGCAAUUGCGUGGCUGGAUCUUUGAUGCUGCAUAUGACCACCAAAUCGUCAGGAUACUUCGAAAAUGUUUGGGCUUGGACUGCUGAUCACGAACUGGAUGGUGGUCCCAGCCAGACACAAAUUGACAUCUACGUAGCGAGAGGAAUCCUGGUUGAAAGUACGGAAGGCCCGGUCUGGCUGUAUGGUACGUCGUCGGAACAUGCUGUCCUCUACCAAUAUAUGGUAUACGGGGCAAACAAUGUCGUCAUGUCAAUGAUUCAAACUGAAAGUCCAUAUUACCUUCCGGAUCCGCAAGCUCCUGAGCCCUUCACAAAUAUUUCCGGAUUUGCCGGUGACCCGAAUUUCAAAGAUUGCGACGCUUCCAACCUCCAUUGUGCAGCAGCUUGGGGUCUCUCCAUCAUCAGCUCUACCAAUGUUCGCGUCUACGGAGCCGGGUUGUAUAACUGGUUCCAGCGAUACGUUCAGCCAUGCGUGGAUACGCAAGACUGUCAGCAGCGAGCAGUCAAUAUCAAGAACAGCGGCCAAGUCUGGAUAUACAACUUAUACACCAUCGGCACUGUAGAAAUGGUCAAUCAUGGGGACGAUAAGCCUGUCCUGGCCAAAGCAAACACCAACACGAAUGGGCACCCAUUUACAUCCGUCGUCAAUGCUUGGCUUCUUGCCUCAACUGGAGAGGGCUCAAGUGAAGAUGACGAUGACUUGGAUGAUGAUGACGACUACGGGACACUCGCCAACUGCAAUGGUCUGUACGAUACACUCGAACAGAUUCAGGAUGCUUAUGAUUCCAUCCUGCCAGAGUGUCUCAGCCAGUAUCUGUCUAAGUCCUUUCAGAAGAAUCUUACUAGCAGCAUAACAAAGUAUGACAGUAUCAUUAAAGACGAUUACCACUCUAAAUUUGUCAUCUAUCAUGACAUCGUCCAGACCCAAGUUAUUGAUCAGAUCAAACGGUAUAUGCUCGAAGACAAGGCCAUUGGUUGGCACUGCGCCAAGCCGCAGAAAAGAAAAUGCUGUAACGAGUGUAGUGAUAGCGGGGGCAACUACAUGGAUCCUAUCUGCUUUCAUCUAGACUGCUCCGGAUCCAACAAGGGAUCGUCCACGAAAUGUAGCAACGGCGAAGACAAAGUAGUACCCUGUCCAGAUCAUGUCGGAGAUUUUCCGGGGCCCUAUAAGUGGGUUCUCGAUGACUCGGCCAAGUUCUACAAGAAUCUAGAGGAAAGGUAUGGCAUUCCUCAAGAUUGGAUCGAGUUUACGGAUUACGAUGUCUAUUACAACUAUGGCUGCGUCUGGAAUCAGCACGACGAGAGCGGAAAUGACCUCGCGCAGUGCCGGAAGAAUACUGAUGUCUUUUGGCGCAACUACCCGAAGCUAAAGGAUAAUUUCAAUCUCACGGAUCCCUCGAGUGUCAUCAAGAACGCUUAUGACAAAACAAAAGCGCUGCUAGCGGAGAACGAGGUGCAAAUGACAAUGGCAGGCUUUCACUUUGCCUCUUGGAGUGAUAUUGCCAACACGCUCGCUCUGCCAGCCAUAUCCCUGAGUGCCGCUGUCCAGAACAUGGAGGGCAUUGUCAAAAUUGCCAACCAGAAGAUUGAGCAAGAGCGCAAAGAAGGCAUCGCGGCUAUAGUUACAGCCGUCUUCUUCUUUAUCCCGUUUGUUGGCGAAGCCGCCAGCGCUAUUGGCUUGGCAACACUACGCACUAUCAUCGACCUUGCUGGUACCUUUGCCGACAUAGGGUAUAGCAUCUACGAUACCCUCCAGGAUCCCAAAAAUGCGCUCACUAAUAUGCUAGGCAUUAUCUUUGCCGCAGGAACCUUAAAGGGGGCUUUCACAGCGGCAUCAGCAGAAUGGAGGGGUCUUAAGCAAGAGAAAAUUGAACAAUUACCACAUACGUUUCUUAAGGAUGUAACUGCCAUGCGAAAGAUGCAGGCUUCAUCGCAGAGCGUAUACCCGUCUAUUCCAAGCUUGUAUACGCUAUUUAAGGCAGCAGGAGUUAAGAAGGUCAUAUGGACCUGCACCACAUCUCGCAAGCGAGGCAACCGUGUAGCUGGAUGGUUCGACGACUUCGUCAGAGAGAAGGGUGAUUCGGACAUCGAGAGCUAUGCGCUUUUUGGAGGACUCCUUGGUUGGGCCACCGCUAGCAAGGACUUUACUGAGCUAAUGGAAGAAUAUAACGAAGAGACGUGGCAUAUAGCUCAUUCCAACCACUGA